CAUUGGCGUGCACAACACGUAAUUAUGCUUUUGCAGUUAGUCGACGAGCGUUCAGUUUGUGUCGUGAAGCCGCCCGGAAUGGUCGUUUCAUUUUCUUCAUUUUAGACAUUCUUAAGUUCAAUCGAAAUCGAGAUAAAAAAAAAAAAACAAUAAUCAAACCGUAAAAUCGUAAACAGUUUUUCAUUUCAAUUUUUGUUUUAGUUGUGUUUUGUGUUAGAGCCAUUUAUCAAUUGUUGUUCGUUCGUUGAAAAAGAAAAGAAUUUAUUCAUUUGUUUUAUUUAAAUUGCAAUCGGCAAUUCGAAAAAGUGACUCGAAGGUGUAGCUGCAGCUGUGUAAUCCAUAUCUUUGUUCUCUAUUCAAAAUUAUUAAAUAAACUGUGAUAUGUGCAUAUGAAAUCGAAAAGAAAAGAAACAAAUUCCAAUUUUUUUUAUCUAAGUGAAACAAAUAUAACGAAAUCAGGCGAAGGCGAAAAGAAAAGCAAACGAGAAUUGAGAGAGAGUGUGUAUGUUUCACAACCGGCCGAAAUCGCAAUAAACAAGAACAAAUCGGAACAAAUCGGAACAAAACAGGAAUACUAUUGCCAUAUUGCACAGCGGAAAAUAUAGAAACGAAAAAGUUUUUCAUUUAUUUAUAGUUUUAGUGUGAAUUGUUGUCUUCCAAACGAGAAACCGAAACAAAACGAAAGAAAAAAAAACACACACAUUGCAAUCGUAAAACCAAGUGUAAUAAUCAACAUCUAAAUUGAACUCUGCAAUCUAUCGUUUUUUUUUUUUUUUAAUUUUCAAUCGAAACUAAAAUCGAAUCUAUCAAAAUCGAAAACGAGUAAAACCAGCGAAAGAACCAAAAGAUAUUCAUCGAAAUUGUUAAUUGUGUCAAAAGUUAGAGAAAAUCGAACAAAUAAAAAUGGUAGCGUCAAAGAAAGAUAAAACUAAAACGACUACAUCAACGGUUGUUACACGGCCACCAGCACGGUCUGGUCAAACGCAGCAAUCUCAGUCAACAACAACAUCGUCGUCGUCUUCGAAAACGACAUCGACGUCGAGCACAACAAAAUCGACGAGUGAAUCGAAGACGGUGAGUCAAUCGACGAUGUCAGGCGGUGGACAGGGUUCGAGUGUGGUAAUAUCGGAGGUACAUUCGAAUAUUGGUUCCGUUGAUGAUGGCACAUUGAGAGGUUUGCAGACACAGUAUGUGGUCACGCAACCGGAAAAUGUGCAACAGCCGCACAAACCGAAGGAGCAUUACAUUUUCGGUGGCACACAAAUCGUUGAGGUGGGCACAACAAUGGGCGGCGAAAAAUUGGCCCGUGAGAAAAAUCAAAGCACUUGGAAUGGAAAAUUUGUGUAUGAAAGUGCUGCACCCGAACGUACGGUCACUAAAUCAUGGACAAAGCAAUCAACAUCCACCGAUCCGAGUACUGCCACCGUUACGACAACCACAACAAAGGAGGAGAUUGUGAAAAGUGGCACCGGUGGAUCGACAGUAAAAACUGACGUGACAACGGAAUCCUCGAAAUUGGUGAGCGAUACGAUGAAAAAGCAAAGCGAUACGAGCCAAGUGAAAUCCGCAAAAUUAUUCGAUACGCGAAGCGGCGGAACAGAUGUCACGGAUAAUGCCAAUGCAACCGAUUUGUUGCUCGAAUCCGAACGAUGCAUCGCCAAGAAAGCCUAUAUAACAACCAAUAAAGAUGAGGAUAAAGUGUCUUCGAGCUCCACAUCGAAUAUUGAUAGUCAAAUCCUUUCGAAUAAAUCACUAUUCGAUACGACGUCGAAUAAAUCACUAUUCGAUACGACGACAAAAACCACGAAACAUGACUCAAAAACCGAUACAAAAACCGACACAAAAUCUACUGAUUCGAAAUACGACCACCAUCGAAUAUCCGGCUCAGAUCGUUAUCCCAUUUCAACUGUGCCAUCACGUUCGACCAACGUCCAGGACACAAAUAUCACGUCCAGUUCAUUGGUCAAAGCGAACGAUGCUUCCAAUCGUUAUUCCACUGAGCAACAUUCGCAGAGCUUUUCGACGUCGUCGCGCACCGAACGAGCCAGCGCAUCGAACAAAGUCGUUGAAAUCGUGGACGGAAAGGAGCGCAUUGUGUCUGAUACGUACAAUGAAAGCGGUUCACAGCAAAUGAAAAGCUCACAAGAGAAAUACAAAGCGAAACACGGAACGGGCAUCACACCCGUAGUGGAGUACGAUCAAAAGAUGGCCGAAGAGAAUAUCAAAUAUGCCACUGAUAAACGUGAUAAAGAGCCGAUUUUCGAUCGUGACUAUCGUGAUUCGGAACGUCACAUCAAGCAAACCGGUGACAAUGCACCGGUUGAAUAUGUGAAAGGUAGCUACGAAACGACGCGUUACGACGACAAAACCAAGAAAUACGUCACCGAUGCACGUCAUCAUCAGAACAAUCGGCUACUUGACCAUUCUAGCCGCACAACCGAUUCCAUUCAAUCGAAAUAUGACAUCGAAACGUCUCGCCUCAACUAUGACAAUUCAAUGACCAACAAUCAAUUAACUCAAUCCACAUUCGAUUCAAAUCAAACGAAAUCGUUGCGUGAUUCAAACAUCAAAACGACAUUCGAUUCCAGCACAUCGUUUGAUUCAAAUACGAAAAAUGUCUACGAUUCGAAUAUAAAAUUUGAUUCAAAUGUAGACGAUUAUGCAUUGUCAAAGACAUUUACUGACAAUGUUUCAUCAUCGACAACAAAAACAGCAGCAAAUGAUUUCAUUCGCACGGCAAAAAGUGAUUCAAUUGAUUCAAAAUCCACGACCUACACUUCAAAAGUAUUUGACAACAAAACAAAUACAUGGAAAGUUGUAGACGAAUCCAGCACCGCAGAGAUGAAUAAGCAUUCGACCACGCACAAACCGAGCGACAUUGAUCACCCGCGUCGAUCACCAACCAAGUACAUCGAUUCCACAUACACGAGCGAAACGAACAAAUAUCUCGAUAAAAAUAAUGUUGCCACCACCAGCAGCAGCACCACCAACAUUGAUACGGUCAACACAUCGAAAACAACGGAUCGAUCGAAAACAUUGAACGAUAAGAGAACGUCAAUUGAUAAAGUAUCGCGUACAACCGAUACAAAAUCCAUGACAAAAACAACCGAUGACAAGGUGUCACAGCAUCUAUAUGAUGAGAAAACGAAAACUUGGCGCGAAGUGGAUGAGAAAACGAUCAAAUCCAAGCGUCCAUCGCUUAUUCGGUAUGUGAGCAAAGAUAAUAAGGGUAAAUUCACCACAAUUUACAAGCGAAAAUUGUUCGACAAACGUUCGGGCACUUGGAAGGUGGUCGACGAAAAAGUUUAUCGCAAUAACAAUUUCAACGAGCACAUUCCGGAGGUGAUUGAAGAUGUAACCAAUGUUACAACCACCACAUAUACGACCAAAGUGUUUGACACCAAAACUAACACAUGGCGUGUCGUGGACGAACAAACAUUCACCGAUAGCAAUACAACCGUGCCAAAAGACAUUGCCGACGAAAUUGCUCGCGAUCAACCGGACAUCGCAAACAUCACAACCACUACCGAACUCACCAAGAUAUUUGACGCUAGUACAAAUACAUGGAAGAUAGUUAACGAACGCUCGCAUACGGAUUUUGUGGAGAAAAUUGUUGAAACGCCACGCGAAACCAUCAUCAUCGAUGACAUCACCGACAUCACGAAAAUCAAAAGCAUCAACGAUCGCACCGAACGAACGACCGACAUUACCGACAUCACUGACAUCAAUCGUGUGAAAAACACCAUCAAUCUUCAUGAAACCGAAGAGAACAUUCUCCGGGAAGUGACCAAGGAAAAUUUGGUGAACGAGUCACUAGAUGUGGUUGAUCGGACACUGAAUACACGGGAUGACAUCAUCACCACCACGACCAAGCUAACCAAAACAACCAAAGACGAUGCUGGUCCACGUAAGCAACCGGUCGACGACGGCAAAAAACCGAAGAAACCGAAACCAACGGCCGCAGAAAAUGAACUAUGCGUAUGCGAACUGUGUGUAUGCGGACGUCAUCGUUGUACUCACAGCACCACAACGGACAACACAUUCAUUGAAAACGUAACGAACACAAUGGAAACGACAUCGGCUUAUCGCAAAGAUUUCAUUGAUAAUCAAGUGACAAACUUUGAUACGAUACGAACACCCGUUAAAAAGCCCGUCGAUCAUCUUAAACCCGAAGGUGAUAUCGAAUUCACCGAUAAGAAGCCAUACAAACCGGCUGAAAAGGUUGUCGCAACCAAACCACAAGAUAAUCUAUUUCUAUCUGGUGAAUUCAACGAUAUCACGACAACGAAAACCGAUUUCAUCGAACAAACCGUUGAACGUGCCUCGCCAGUGCGACGAAAUACGUGGACUAAAUUGGAAGGUGAUUUAACCACGACAACCACAUCACAAACGGAAUUCAUCGAUCACAAGGAUACAUUUGAGCGGACAACUAUUACGAAGAAGAAAGACGAUAAUUUGAUCAUGGAAGGUGAUACGGACUUUAAGACAACCAGCCAAACGGAUUUCAUCGAUCAGGAGAUGGUGUAUCAACGACCACGUAAACGCACUUGGACUAAAGACGAUUACGAUAAAUUCCAUCACCAAACCGAUGAAAAGACAUUUGUGCGCACAAGUGAAACUUCGUAUCAACCGGCUGAACGUCCAAAAGCAGUCAAGCCUCAAGACAAUUUGCGACCGAAUGAAGGUGACUUCGUUCGUCCAGAGAAAACGAAGUUCAUUCCGGCUGAACGUCCACAACAAGUGCGGCCGGAAGAUAAUUUGCGCCAAGAUGGACCAUUCUUUACGCCAGAGAAAACGCAAUUCCAACCAGCUGAACGACCAAAAGCAGUCAGGCCUCAAGACAAUCUACGACCUGAUGAGGGAGACUUCGUUCGUCCAGAGAAAACGAAGUUCAUUCCGGCUGAUCGGCCACAACAAGUGCGGCCGGAAGACAACUUGCGUCCAGAAGGGCCAUUCUAUACACCGGAAAAAUCAGAAUUCAGACCAGCUGAACGACCGAAGGCAGUGAAACCUCAAGAUAACUUGCGACCCGACGAAGGUGACUUCAUUCGACCCGAGAAAACAAAGUUCAUUCCGGCUGAUCGGCCACAACAAGUGCGCCCUGAAGAUAACUUGCGCCAAGAGGGACCAUUCUUUACGCCAGAGAAAUUACAAUUCCAACCAGCUGAACGACCAAAAGCAGUUAGGCCUCAAGACAAUCUACGACCGGAUGAGGGAGACUUCGUUCGACCAGAGAAAACGAAGUUCAUUCCUGCGGAACGACCACAACAAGUACGCCCGGAAGAUAAUUUGCGUCAAGAAGGGCCAUUCUAUACACCGGAAAAAUCAGAAUUCAGACCAGCUGAACGGCCGAAGGCAGUGAAACCAACCGAUCAGAUGUAUUUGGAAGGCGAGUUCUAUACUCCGGAGAAACAGAAAUUUGUUCCAGCUGAACGUCCACAACAAGUGCGCCCGGAGGAUAAUUUACGUCAAGAGGGACCAUUCUUUACUCCAGAGAAAUCUGAAUUCAGACCAGCUGAACGUCCGAAGGCUGUGAGACCUCAAGAUAAUUUGCGCACCGAUGAAGGAGACUUCGUUCGCCCUGAGAAAACGAAGUUCAUUCCGGCUGAUCGGCCACAACAAGUGCGCCCUGAAGACAAUUUGCGUCAAGAAGGAACGUUUUACACUCCAGAAAAAACGCAAUUCCGUCCAGCUGAAAGACCAAAAGCCGUUAAACCUGAAGACAAUUUGCGUACCGACGAAGGAGAUUUCGUUCGACCAGAGAAAACGAAGUUCAUUCCGGCUGAACGGCCACAACAAGUGCGCCCUGAAGACAAUUUGCAUCAAGAAGGAACGUUUUACACUCCAGAAAAGACGCAAUUCCGGCCAGCUGAGCGGCCAAAAGCAGUCAAGCCUCAAGACAAUUUGCGUACCGAUGAAGGAGACUUCGUUCGACCAGAGAAAACGAAAUUUGUUCCAGCUGAACGUCCACAACAAGUGCGACCAGAAGACAAUUUGCGUCAAGAAGGAACGUUUUUCACUCCAGAAAAAACGCAAUUCCGUCCAGCUGAAAGACCAAAAGCCGUUAAACCUGAAGACAAUUUGCGUACCGACGAAGGAGAUUUCGUUCGACCAGAGAAAACGAAGUUCAUUCCGGCUGAACGGCCAAAAGCUGUUAAACCCGAAGAUAAUUUGCGUACCGAUGAAGGAGAUUUUGUUCGACCAGAGAAAACGAAGUUCAUUCCGGCUGAACGACCACAACAAGUACGCCCUGAAGACAAUUUGCGUCCAGAAGGGCCAUUCUAUAAGCCAGAAGAUGGUCGACCAACUGGACCAUGUGAAAAGCGUUCACCAAUCAAACAUGACGAUAAUUUGAAACAGACUGGUGAAUUUUACACUCCUGAGAAGCCACAGUACAGACCAGCCGAGCGUCCAAAACAAGUGAAACCAACGGAUUCGUUGAAACUCACUGGCGACUUCAUCACAGUCGAAAGAACCGAAUUUAUUCCAGCCGAAAGACCACAACCAGUCAAACCAGUUGAUCAGAUACAACUUGAAGGUGAUUUCUACACUCCUGAAAAGCCAAAAUUCAUUCCUGCUGAACGUCCACAACAAGUGCGCCCUGAAGACAACUUGCGCCAAGAAGGAACAUUCUACACUCCAGAGAAAACGCAAUUCCGGCCAGCUGAACGGCCAAAAGCUAUUAAGCCCGAAGACAAUUUGCGUACCGACGAAGGAGAUUUUGUUCGACCAGAGAAAACGAAAUUCAUUCCGGCUGAACGUCCGCAACAAGUACGCCCUGAAGAUAACUUGCGUCAAGAAGGAACGUUUUACACUCCAGAAAAAACGCAAUUCCGUCCAGCUGAAAGACCAAAAGCCGUUAAACCCGAAGAUAAUUUGCGUACCGAUGAAGGAGACUUCGUUCGUCCAGAGAAAACGAAAUUCGUUCCAGCUGAACGUCCACAACAGGUGAGACGUGAAGAUAAUCUCAAAAUGUCUGGUGAAUUCAUUACGGUGGAGCGAACCCAAUUCAUACCGGCUGAACGGCCACAGCAAAUCAAACCGGAAGACAAUUUGCGUCCAGAAGGACCGUUUUACACACCAGAGAAACCACAAUACAGACCAGCCGAACGCCCGAAACAAGUGCGGCCAGAAGACAAUCUACGUAACGAGGGUGAUUUCUAUCAACCAGAAAAGACUGGUCCAACUGGUCCUUGUGAAAAACGUUCACCGAUUCGUCAUGACGAUAAUCUUCGCCCUGGCGAAGGAAAAUUCGAAACACCGGAAAAACCGAAAUAUAUUCCAGCCGAACGUCCAAAGCAGGUUAAGCCAAAAGACAACAUAACCACAUCGGUCGAUACUUUUGAACAACGCACGGAAAUCACAUACACACCAGCUGAAAGACCGAAAGCAUUCAAGCCAACCGAUCAGAUUCAUUUGGAAGGUGAAUUUUAUUCGCCCGAAAAGCCGAAAUUCACUCCAGCUGAAAGGCCACAACAAGUGCGCCCUGAAGAUAACUUGCGUCAAGAAGGAAAAUUCUACACGCCUGAAAAGCCAGAAUUCAGACCAGCCGAACGACCAAAAGCCGUUAAACCCGAAGAUAAUUUGCGUACCGAUGAAGGAGAUUUCGUUCGUCCAGAGAAGACAAAAUUCGUUCCUGCCGAUCGUCCACAGCAAGUGCGACCAGAAGACAAUCUCCGUCAAGAGGGUACAUUCUUCACGCCAGAGAAACCCGAAUUCCGACCGGCAGAACGACCGAAGGCUGUUAAACCUCAAGAUAACUUGCGUCCAAACGAAGGCGAAUUCCAACGUCCAGAAAAGCCGGAAUACGUUCCAGCCGAGAAACCAAAACAAGUGAAACCCAAGGAUAAUUUGAAACAAGAAGGCGCAUUCUAUCAACCAGAUAAAACCGUACCAGUUGGACCGGCUGAAAAACGUUCACCGAUUCGUCAUGACGAUAAUCUUCGCACUGGCGAAGGAAAAUUCGAAACACCGGAAAAACCGAAAUAUAUUCCAGCCGAGCGACCAAAGCAGGUUAAGCCAAAAGACAACAUAACCACAUCGGUCGAUACUUUCGAACAACGCACGGAAAUCACAUACACACCAGCUGAAAGACCGAAAGCUGUUAAACCACAAGACAAUUUGCAUCCUGAUGAAGGCGAUUUCGUUCGCCCCGAGAAAACGAAAUUCAUUCCAGCUGAACGUCCACAACAAGUGCGGCCGGAGGACAACUUGCGCCAAGAAGGCGCAUUCUUCACUCCUGAAAAGCCACAGUACAGACCAGUUGAACGGCCAAAGGCGGUUAAACCAGAAGAUAACUUGCGACCGAAUCAAGGCGAAUUCCAACGGCCCGAAAAACCAAAAUACGUUCCAGCCGAAAAACCGAAACAAGUGAAACCGAAAGACAACUUGACGACGGGACAAGGUGAAUUUACUGUGCCUGAAAAGACACAACCAAGAGGUCCAGCCGAAAAACGAACGCCAAUCAAACAUGAUGACAAUUUGAAGACGGGCCAAGGAAAAUUCGUAACUCCUGAAAAGACGAAAUAUCAACCAGUCGAACGACCAAAGCAGGUUAAACCAACCGACAAUUUGAAAACCGGUCAAGGUGAAUUUGUCACCCCGGAUAAAGCAAAAUACGUUCCGGCUGAUCGUCCAAAACAAGUUAAACCGACGGACAAUUUGAAAACAGGCGAAGGAGAUUUCGUUACACCAGAAAAGAGUAAAUAUGUUCCAGCCGAUCGGCCCAAACAAGUCAAGCCAACGGAUAAUCUCAAAACGGGUCAAGGCGAAUUUGUUGUUCCAGAGAAAACGCAUCCAAGAGGUCCAGCUGAAAAGCGUACACCAAUCAAGCACGACGACAACUUGAAAACGGGAGAGGGCAAGUUUGUUACUCCCGAGAAGCAGAAAUAUCAACCGGCCGAGCGUCCAAAGCAAGUUAAGCCGCAAGACAAUCUCAAGACGGAAGGACCGUUUGAAAAGCCAGAGAAACCUGGAUUCCGGCCAGCCGAACGAACAAAACCAGUGAAACCGGUGGACAAUUUGAAAACCGGUCAAGGUGAAUUCGAAGGAAGACGCAAAACAGACACCGUUCACACGCGAGUCGAUCGUGUUGUGGUUAAAAAACAUACCGAUCAAAUUACGUUGAACGAAGGCAAAAUGGAAACGGAUACCACCAGUUCGACAACGUUCAAAAAGCAACCGGUGCAACGAAACGUGGUUGAGGAUAUUGUGAAGAAGCAAAAGAUGCGAUCGAACAUAACGCUUGGUGAUGAUACAACCAUUCUACGGACGACCAAUCAAAUGAACUUCAACACGGUUACAACACGCAAAGAUGAACGCGUCGAAAAAACGACCGAUGUUACCGAUACGGAUCGCAUUCGUGAUGGAACCAUUGCAAUCACAACGAUGAAAGUGACAACGGUGCUGGAGAAUGAAAAGGAUCACACACCAAUCAAGGAGGUGAUUCGCAAGGCUGGCAAAACGAACGUUCGCGAAGAAGUCGUACAUCAAACGUCCGGCUCUGAUGUUAUUAAUCGCCAGAAUAUUGUGAACGAACAGCAUCACAUCAAUGAGAUAAACCAGAAUGUGGUGAACAAACGGUACGUUGUCAACCAGCACGAUGUGAACAAUUUGCAGAGCAUUGAAUCGCGCAAGACCACAAAUCAAUCGCAAAUUACAUCGGAUGAUCGAAAUACGGCCAGCACAACAACGCAUCGCACAACGAGUGAUACACGCGUUUCUGGCCCAGGUCCUCACAAAGGACCACAACAAGCACCGGCACAAGUGAAUGGCACAACUGUUACACGGGCUGUGAAUCAACAUCAUCAAUCGUCGAACAUAAUUUCCAAUCAAAACGAUCAAAACAUCGUGAAUCGUUCAACCACCAAACAUACGACAGAAACGACCGAUCGCAUCGGUUCAACGGUUCGCACCACCUCAUCGGGCUCGAAUGUGGUGACAACACGCGAUGGCAGCACAAAGCAUCAACCAGUUGAUCAAUAUCAUCCAUCGGGUGGAUCGCAAAAUGUUAUCGUCGAACGUCAUGUGAUAACACAAACAUCACCAAUCGGCCGUCAACAGCAUCAGCACCAUCACAACACCUACGAAACGGUUGAGAACAUGCGCAAUGUGUCGGAUACUGGUUCAAGUUCAAAGCAAAUGACCACCAGUCAAACGGAUCGUACAUCAAGCUCCACACAGCGCAGCAAUCAAAUGACAAGCACCAGCCAACGUGGUGGUGUCGGUGGCGAUACAAGUGAAAAUGUUGUCUACGAACAGCGAACAAUCGUUACAUCAACACCGAUCAAAGGACGUCAACAGAAUUACGCAUCGGAUAUUUUGAAUAUUCAAGACACCCGUUCGGGUGGAAAAUCAUUGGCAUCCACAUCACAGUCGGAUAAAAUCAAUAAUCAAUUGCAUUUGCGACAGCACGACAACGCUUCCAUGAAUACAAUGUCUUCGACAUCGUCAACGACCACCACUCGUUAUGGUAAAACGAGUUCUGCACACAAUUCAACAUCAAACAUAUCGAACAUCAUUCACGACCACGGUAGCCAAUCACCUCUUCAUCGUUCCAGCAUAACAACAGCGGAACGUCAACAACGACGCGAUUAUGUACAGGAUCAUGGUAAUGAAGGCCAUAGCAUCGUUGGCAGCAGUAGCAACACCACCAACAACACUCAUCAUCGAAAGAAUGUAUUGACCUCAUCGACCGAUGUGAAUAACUCCGUUUUCCAUCGCAAGGCCAAUUUGUCGACCAAUUCAAAUGAAGCGCUGCAUUCGAACAGCAUGAGCUCAACGGCAGCCAUUCAACGGAAGAGCAUCUCAAAUUUGCAUGAUCAAGCCAUUUACAAUACGUCAUCGGAUCGCAAGAGUUACAGUUCGUUGCAUCGUCAAGGGAAAGAGACAGUAUCACACAGCACCAGUAGCUCAACCAUCAAUACACAACAGCAUGGUGGUGGAUCCACUUCACACACGUACAGCAGUACUCAUGUGGUGGGUGGCAGCAGCAAUAGCGGCGCCGGCGCCAACAACCAAUUACGCCAAUCCUCAUCGACGACGGGCACACCAGCUGAACGUGCACAGAAAAUUGUGAAAAAAGACAAUCUGUCAUCGUCGAUGGGCGGCGAAUUCUACGGUAAAUCCGAAUCAAAAGCAUAUGGAAGUUUCACAUCCGGCCAUCAACAUCAUGUACUCGAUCGUUCGGCCGUAGCUCGUCGUUCGAAUCAGUCGAGCAUCAGUUUUGGUGAUGGUCCCAGUCAUGGCUCAAGUGUUUAUCGACGUGAAUAUGCGGUAGUCCAUUCCGGACCGUGUCCAGCUGCUAACCUCGAUAAAUCCACAUUCACUCACACUCGUGACACAAAAUCACACAAAUUCUACAAGUCAUCACACCAGUAAUUGACCACUCGAACUAAACAACAACAACAACAACAACAAAAAUUGAAUUGUGAUCAUUGGCAUUUCAACACCAAUCGAAAUCGAGCAUUAAAUUUGCCUUGAUUUGUUUUGUUUAACAGAAGAAGAAGAAGAGGAAAACAAUUUGAAAGCAAUUUAUCUCUAUUAUUACAUUUAUUUCUUUUAUAUAUUUUACGUUAUUAUUUUACCCAUUUUUUUCUGUUCAUAAUUCUCUUCUGUUCACAUUACGAACAAAUUAGAAAGUUUUACUCAAAAAAAUUGAAGGAGAAAUACCAUUUAUACCAUUUGUUGAUGUGUUAUCAUAUAUAUGUGAACGAGCAAUCAAUCAAUCAAACGAUACGAAUUCUAAUAUUAGAUACGAUACUAACACAGGGUGCUACAAAUUUAAAUGGGCCAAUUGUUUUGUUUUUAUUUUUGUGUUUAUUUCCCCCUUUCCACUCGAUCCCCGAUCCAACCGGAUAUAUGAGCUCAAAUUAUCCAACCAUUUGUUAUAAUUGCUAAGGAAAUUGGCAACGAUCGAAUCAAAUAAACCAGAGAAAGAAAAAUCAAUUUUUAUGUGCCUUUAUAUGUUAGACUUUUAACUCAAAUUUAUUUAGAAAAACAAAAUAUACAAUUGUUGACAAUGUGAAUGAAAAAAAAAAAUGAAUAAAAACUAUCAAUAAAACCGCUUUUUCAUAUACUAA